GUGCCGGCCAUCGAUUCAGCGGUCGACAGCUUUGUACGUAAUUCUCCCGGGGAAAAAAAAACACCAUGGCCAUGGGGUCCGAUGAGGAGCCUGGCGCUGCAGGGCCUGCCCUCCCUCUCGUCCGCCUGAACCACGUCUCGUUCCAGUGCGCCUCCGUCGAAGAGUCGGCCGCCUUCUACCAGCGCGUCCUCGGCUUCCAGCUCGUCACACGCCCGGCGUCCCUCGACUUCGGAGGAGCAUGGCUGCACAGGUACGGCAUGGGGAUACACCUGCUGCAGCGUGGCUCGGAUCCCGACGCGCCGCCGGUCGCGAGGCCGCCGGCGGCGAUCAACCCCAAGGGCAACCACAUUUCCUUUCAGUGCGCGGACAUGGGGCUCAUGAAGGCGAGGCUGGGGGACAUGCGGCUGGAGUUCGUCGCGGCGAGGGUGCGCGACGGCGAGACGGUGGUGGAGCAGCUCUUCUUCCACGACCCCGACGGCAACAUGAUCGAGAUCUGCGACUGCGAGAAGCUCCCCGUGGUACCCCUCGCCGAUGCAGCAUCAGCCGGCCUCCCCGAUCUGGUGGUGCCGAUGCCAAGGGACGUGCAUGGCUAGUCGUUCGUGGUACUUCCUCGUAGCUUAGCACGAUUAUUUAUUUGAUUCGUUGGAUUUGUGAGUUGUAACAAGAGACAGUUCAGUACGCUACUGUAGCUCAUUUAAUUUGUUGCCAAAUGCCAAGU